AGAAAGAAAGAAAAUGUCUAAUUCAAACCAAACCAUGUCACAGAAAACAUUGACAGGCAUUGGCAACCUCAUUAGACUCCUCCCAACAGGCACAGUUUUCAUGUUUCAAUUCCUCAAUCCUGUCUUAACCAACAAUGGCCAAUGCCACACCAUAAAUAAGUAUUUAUCGGGGAUUCUUGUCAUCGUCUCUGCGUUUUCAUGUUGUUUUGCCUCAUUUACUGAUAGCUAUGAAGAUACUACAGGAAUCAGUCAUUAUGGCAUUGCAACAAAUAAGGGCCUUUGGCCUAAUUCAUCCUCUCAGGACUUGUCAUCUUAUAGGCUUAGAUUUGGGGACUUUGUUCAUGCUUUCUUUUCUCUUAUUGCUUUUUCUGUUGUGGCUUUGUUAGACCGUAAUACAGUGGAAUGUUUCCAUCCAUCUUCCGAGUCUACACAGAAGGCUUUGCUCAUGGCGUUGCCACCGGUUAUGGGGGCGGUUUCUGGCUCGAUAUUCGUGAUGUUUCAGAACACCCGCCAUGGUAUUGGUUACCCUUCAAGUUCAAGUUCAAGUUCUGCUAAAUCUUAGCCACAUGGAAGGGGAGAUUGUGCUAAUACUUAGUUCGAUUGUGCUACAUGCACAUAAUGAUUUAAUGGUUUACAUACACAUGAUUUGGUGAUAUAUGAUUGGGUUAGAAUUUCUUCAAUAAAAAAAGAAAAAGAAAUAGCUCAUUAUAUUUUUAACACCUCAUCUGCAUGUAAAUCAUUAUAUAACUUUAUUGUAUAAGUAGCAUUAUUUAACAUAUUUAUGCACUUCGAUAUGUGAAAUAACUGUUUUGAAGGUUUGUUGUAUUUAUUGUGUCAUACGAGGAAUGCAUAAAGAAAAAGGGAUGUAUGGAGAUUCCCUUUUUAAAGUGUGA